AUGAGCCCUCCAAUGACUAAAGCCUCCCUGCUGUCAUCUGGCAUCGUUUUGCUUGCAUCAGUGCUAGGUGUCUCGGCAGACUGCGCUCUUCCCUCUACCUACAGUUGGACAUCAACUGGUGCGCUAGCCGAGCCCAAGUCAGGAUGGGCAGCACUCAAGGACUUUACAAAUGUGGUCUACAACGGCCAGCACCUCGUGUAUGCAUCGAGAACUGAUACAUCGGGAAGCUAUGGCUCAAUGAACUUUGGUCUCUUUUCGGACUGGUCUGACAUGGCCUCGGCUAGUCAGAACGCCAUGAAUGUCGGCACCGUUGCCCCGACACUCUUCUACUUCCAACCGAAGGACGUUUGGAUCUUGGCCUACCAAUGGGGAUCUUCUUCAUUCUCAUACCGAACAUCAAGUGAUCCCUCCAACGCAAAUGGAUGGUCUUCCGAACAUGCCCUUUUCUCUGGGAGCAUCUCUGGCACCGAUACUGGCGUUAUCGACCAGACUGUCAUUGGCGAUGCUUCAAACAUGUACCUCUUCUUCGCCGGAGACAAUGGCAAGAUCUACCGCACCAGCAUGUCCAUUGAUGAUUUCCCUGGCGACUUCGGCACUGUCUCAGAGGUCAUCAUGAGUGACACAGUUGCAAAUCUGUUCGAAGCAGUCCAGGUGUACACAGUGAAAGGACAGAAUCAGUACUUGAUGAUUGUUGAGGCAAUGGGUGCAAAUGGAAGGUACUUCCGCUCCUUUACUGCCAACAGCCUUGACGGUACAUGGACAGCACAGGCGGCAACUGAGGCCCAGCCCUUCGCUGGAAAGGCCAACAGUGGCGCUACUUGGACGAACGACAUUAGUCAUGGUGACCUUGUUCGAAGUAACCCUGAUCAGACUAUGACUGUCGAUGCUUGCAACCUGCAGCUUCUCUAUCAGGGAAGAGAUCCCAAUCAAAACCCCGACUAUAACCUUCUGCCUUACCGGCCGGGUGUUCUGACACUGAAGCAGUAG